GAGGGGGAGAGGGGUCCGCCAUGGCGGAGCCUGAGGCGGCGGCGGCCGGGACGGACCCGGGAACGACCGGGACGGGCCCGGGAGCGGCCGGGAAUGGCCCCGAGGAGGAACCCUUGGGGCCCCUGGACCUGCUGGAUCACUGCGGGCGCUGCCGGGAGCGCCUGAGCCCCCGGCGGGAGCCGCGGCUCCUGCCCUGCCUGCACUCGGUGUGCGGGCCGUGCCUCGGAGGGGACGGAGCGGUGUUCGAGUGCCCCGUGUGCCACCAUCAGUGUCCCCUGGGCGACAUCCUGGACAACUUUUUCCUGCAGGACAGCGGGGCCGGAGCCGCCUCAGGGCCUGAGCCCUUUCAGAGCUGCACCAGCUGCGAGGACAACGCGGCGGCCACGAGGUUCUGCAGCGACUGCUGCGAGCCCCUGUGCGACACCUGCGUGCAGGCUCACCUGAGGGUCAGGUACACCCGCGGCCACUCCGUCAGGGACAUCGUCCAUCCCCAUCCAUCCCAGUCCUGUCCCAGUCCAUCCCCAUCCUCCCGCUCCUGUCCCGCUCCGUCUCUGGGGCCGUGCCCGGAGCACCCCGAGGAGCCCCGGGAUCACUUCUGCUCCACCUGUGCCACCCUCAUGUGCCGCCUGUGCCAGCUCAGCGCCCACCAGGGCCACCGUUCCCGGAGCGUUCCCGAGGCGGUCCCGACGGAGCAGGCUCUGCUGCUGGAUCUGUCCCGGUGCUUGGGCACCAAACUCUCGCUGCUGCAGCGCUGCCAGCGCCACCUGCGAGGCCUGUGCGUGUCCCCUCAGUUCCAGGGGCUGUCCCCAGCAUUCCCCAGCAUUCCCAGCAUCCCCAUCAUUCCCGUUAUUCCCGUUGUUCCCAGGCAGUUCCAGGGGCUGUCUCCCCCUCCCCAGCAUUCCCAGCAUUCCCAGCAUUCCCAGCAUUCCCAGCAUUCCCAGCAUCCCCAGCAUUCCCAUCAUUCCCAUUAUUCCCGUUGUUCCCAGGCAGCUCCGGGGGGUGUCCCCAGCAUUCCCAGCAUUCCCAGCAUUCCCAUUAUUCCCGUUGUUCCCAGGCACUCCAGGGAGUGUCCCCAGCAUCCCCAGCAUCCCCAGCAUCCCCAGCAUUCCCAGCAUUCCCAGCAUUCCCGGUAUUCCCGUUGUCCCAGGCACUCUGGGGGCUGUCCCCAGCAUCCCCAGCAUUCCCAGCAUUCCCAUUAUUCCCAUUGUUCCCAGGCAGCUCCGGGGGGUGUCCCCAGCAUUCCCAGCAUUCCCAGCAUCCCCAGCAUUCCCAGCAUUCCCAGCAUUCCCAGCAUCCCCAUCAUCCCCAUCAUUCCCGUUAUUCCAGUUGUUCCCAGGCAGCUCCAGGGGCUGUCUCCCCCUCCCCAGCAUUCCCAGCAUUCCCAUCAUUCCCGUUAUUCCCGCUGUCCCAGGCAGCGGCGCGGCUCGGAGGCGCAGCAGCGGCUGCAGGUGGAGGUGAAGAUGGCCAUCCUGCAGGUCAUGAGGGAGCUCAACAAGCGCGGCAAGGUCCUGCUCGGGGAGGCACAGACCCCUGAACCCCUCAAAUCCAGCCCUGGAUCCCCUGAACCCCUGAAAUCCAUCCCUGGAGUCCCCAGGGUGUCCCUGCCUCGUCACCCCCAUCCCUGUGACCUUUGUGUGUGUCCUGCCACAUCCCUGCUGCUCUCCUACAACCUGAUCCACUCCCAGAUCCAGCGCAGCCUCCUGGUCCCCGUGGAGCCCGAGGAGCGGCUGUGGGAGCUGAAAUUCCAGUGGGACCUCCCCGCCUGGACCAGGAGCGCCGAGAACUUCGGCACCAUCAUCUCGGAGUGGCCCCUCCCCUGCUUCUGGGAGCCCCCCAGCCAUGAGACACCGAGACCCCCAAACACACAGGGGGAGGGGGCACAGAGCGAGCAGCCCCAGGAAUUCCCCCCUGAUGGGGGCGUUUCCCAGCAGCCAGCGGGCCCCCCGAAAACACCGUCACGGGAGGGGACAGGAGGAAAUCCGGAGUUCUCCCUGGAGGAGAAGUUGAAGAAGCUGCUCAUUAAACGGAGGGCCCCCCAGGGUGCCCCCCCGGUGCCCCCCAAGGUGCCCCCCAAGGUGCCCCGGGUGUCUCUGGAGCGGCUGGAGCUGGGCCUGGCGCUGGACCCGGCGCUGCCCCCGCCCGCCUUCCGCGUCCUGCCCGGCCCCUCCGCCGGCCAGUUCAGCGUCAUCGUCAUCGAGCAGGCCGGGGGGACGCCCCAGAGGGGACAGCAGCCCCAGGGGACACUCCAAGGGACGCCAGGGCAGGGGCAGCAGCCCCGGGGGGACGUCCCCGUCAAGUGUCCCCUGUCCUCAUCUCCUCCCCUGAGAGAGCCCCACGAAGUGGCCAUCGGCGACCCCGUGGACACAAUGGGGCCGGGGGCCGUGGAGCUGCGCGUGUGCGGCCGCGCGGGCGCCGUGGUGAUGUGCGACCGCUGCCAGCGCUGCUUCCACCUGCACUGCCACCUGCCCGCCCUCGCCGACGUGCCCAGCCCCGACUGGGCGUGCCUGCUGUGCCAGGAGCUCCCCGCCCUCCGAGAGCCCCCGGGACUGGGACCCCCCAGGUGUGAGCUGGUGCUGCUGGAGCUGCUUUGCCACGAGCCCUGCCGGGCCCUGCAGCGCCCACCCCGCCCCACGGGGGUCCCGCCUGGACCUGACCCUGAUGAGGCGAGCUGCAGGGAAGCUGAGCCCCCUGCGGGACCCCGGGGAGUUCGCCAGGGACGCCUGGGGGUCCUGGGGCAGCUCCAGGGGACCACCGAGGACAAGGCUGGGCUGCAGUCCCUGCUGAGCGUGCAGAGGUUCCUCGAGAGCCGCCUGAGCCGCGUUUUUGGGGACAGGAAAUUCUGGGACCACCCCCAGGACCCCCCCACUGCCUGA